CCAAUAAUUAAAAAGGACCACCUAACAACCACCAAACGACCACCAAACGAUACGUAAAAGAAAUUUUAAAAAAUAUUAAAAACUGGAGUGCAAGUGUGAAGUUAGCACUCUAAAAUUGAAAAGUUUCUAUUUUUUUUUUUAUUUUUGACCACCUAAAGUUGAGAAGUAGCACCUAACGAUCACCAAACGACCACCAAUCCUUUCCAAUUGAAAAGAAUCAUAUAUUUCAUGGCUUGAGUGCUAACUUCACGUACACGUGAAGUAAAGUAACGAUCUGGUAAUUGUUAGAACAAGUUUUUUUUUACUGAAAAAAGAAAAACAAUGGGAAACAAAAAAAUUAAGAACGAGUCAUUGGAGAAUGAGGAAGAAAAUAAAUUUUCCACUGAAGACGAAAAUGAAACACAACGAAAUGUUGAAAUUUUUGACAAUAGCGACAAGAGGUUAAUUUUAUGUUCGUAUCCUGGCUGCAGAAUGAAAUUUACAAAACCUUCUAAAUUCAAGACGCAUUUGUGUACGCACACUGGAGAGAGACCAUUUGCGUGCAAUGUUGAUGGAUGCGAUAAAGCAUAUUUGUAUAGUACACAUUUAAAGAGGCACAAAUUGACUCAUAAACAGGCAAACAAAGAAGAAUAUCAAUGUAAAAUUUGUGGAGCAACAUACUCGCAAAGACAAAAUUUAAAGCGACAUUGCUUAACUAAACACGAGAAGAAAGAUAAUUUUAAUAAAAAAUGUGAGGAAUGUUCUCUGGUAUUUUCGACACUAAAAGAAUUACAGCAACACCUGAUAGAUGAACAUAAUCGGAAAUUAUUUCUAUGUCAUAUUUGUUCGAAAUCAUUCUCACAGCGCAUUCAUUUACGACGUCAUCUCGAGUCAACUGUUCAUAAAACAGGUUUCAUUUGUCAAGUUUGUCAAAUGUCCUUUGAUUCCUUUAAGAAGAUUAUGGAACACAAGAGAGAAGAACAUAUUACUCAAUAUGAAGAAUUCUUUUGCGAUAUUUGUAAAAAGAAAUUUUUAUCUAAGUCCUGUCUGAGGAGUCACAUGACACAAUUACAUUUAGAAACGUUAAUAUUUAAAUGUCCAUUCGAUGAUUGUAAGCAGGAAUAUGAAUAUCGGAGAAAUUUAAAUUCACACAUUCGUCAGCAUCAUAAGGACAUUAGAUUUCAAUGUGAAUUGUGCUCGAGAAAAUUGUCAACGAAACAAAAACUUGCUGAGCAUGUUAUUAAGAUACAUGAGAAUCCCGUGCAACGAAAACCCCCGCCAAUAAAUGAAUAUCGAAGGGCACGACGAGAUAUUGGUGUAGCAAAGAGAAGUGCACUCUCACAACUUUGUGGACUUAAAUUGCAACCGGCAAUGGAGAAAAUAUUAAGAAAUCGUCCCAUUCAAAAAAAUGAAUAAAUAGGACCAUUAAGAUGUGGAAAAACAAUAACGCCCGAGAUAAUACGCGACAUUGUCGAGAAAUUGCAAAUGAGACGACUUUAUGUGCCUUCAUCGUUGAUUCUUAAUCAUUUGCAACUUUAUUAUCCAACU